CUCUGUUUCUUGCAUCCUGCGCUGCAUCUUCAAUUCUUUCGUGCGGGUUUCGAGUACUUUUUCCUUUCCUGCACAGUCGCAGCCAUGUCGUCACUUUUCCUUCCCGUCGCUCUUUCUUUCCUCGCCAAUUCUGUUCUCGCCGCACCUGCUCCUAUGGUGACUGGCACCAACUUACCUCCUAAUAUCGCUCAACAGGCAGGUGGUGGCCUCCCAAAUCAACCUGGCACUCCUCGUGUCUCCCAAUCUGGGUUGGCCAAUUUCCAGCUGGCUAACUUCCUGGAGAAUCUGGAGUCGGCCUUCUUCCAAGAGGGACUGGUGAACUUUACACAAUGGGGAACUGGGGGACAGACGAACGGUGUGAGCAACAUGGUUGUGGUCUCACACAUUGCUGCUCAAGAGGAAGUGCAUGUAGCCUCCAUUGUGGGUUUGCUACAAGCAAACGGCGCUCAGGACGUCGCUCCAUGCGAGUACAAUUUCCCCAUCACGGAUGAGACCAGCUUCCUAGCACUGGGGAAUAUCAUCACCACUGUUGGCAUCGGCGCUUUGAUCGCGCUGGCAGAUGGUCUUUCUACGACAGACCCUGGCCUGGAGGCCACUGUCGCCUCGAUUCUUCCUGUGGAGUCCCGACACGACGCCUUUUUCCGCCUCACCGCGAACGAGAUCCCGAAUCCCACCACAUUUGAGACAAAAAUUAGUGCAAUUUGGGCUUACAACCUGGCCCUUGACUUUAUCGUCGGAAACUCGUGCACCAACCUGCCUUCAUCUAUCACCUCUCUCCCGGUCUUCCCUGAUCUGGGGAUUGUCGGCUAUGGUGGACCGUCAUUUGCAACCCCCAACGCGCCUGGAAAAUUGAUCUUCAGGGUCGGCCAGCCAUCCAUGCUUCCUCAAGGCUGGAACUCGGGUCCACUUUACAUGGCGUGGGUCAACCAAAACAAUGUUCCUGCAUACACUCCAGUGACCCAGCAGGGCGACGAACUGCAUGCGGAUGUGCAGCCAGGAAUGUUUGGGAUUGCAUUCGCGGCGCUGACAAACCAAAACACGGCGACUAAUGUCGAUGACUUGACCAAGGCAACGCUGGCGGGACCUUUGCCAAUUCCACUUACUUGAGGUUCCCUCUGAGACGUCGGGGUCGGUCGAGGAUUUCAAUGAGGUUCACGAGGGUGAUGGUGGCGCCGAGGAGUUUUGCAGCGGAUAAGAGAAUAUCGGUUCAUGGAAAUAUCGUGCAGGAUGGGCAUUGCGGGCUUUGUAUGCAUUAGCCAUGAGGUCGGAAUCCAUUCACAAGCCUUUUCCAACACUCAAGUCUCUGUCCGCCCCUUUGAUGAUCUACCUAACCUGCCUUGUGCCCCGACCUCUUUAUAGUGACACUAACUAUAAUCUUGGAACUGUGCCUCCACAGGUCGCCCUGGC